AUGACCAUCACAGGCAGCGACAAGCUGCUGAUGCACAUGCCGGGGCCGCCACCCAAAGGCUUUUUAAAAUCGCUGGCCGCCAGGUUUCCCGAGCUCGAGGUACGCUGGGAGAUUGCACGCUUCGACCCCGCCUCGUCGGAUCUGGAUGCGGCCGACGGACUCCCGAGCGAGGUCCUCGAUGGCGUCACCCUCUUGUGCGCCUACCCGCCACCACGACCGGACUGCAUUGAACGCGUGCGCUUCGUUCAGCUCAUCUCGGCCGGCUCGGAUCGCUGGGCCGACCAUGCGUGGUAUCGUGACCCGAAAGUCAUUUUUUGUUCCGGUAGCGGGUGUCAUGCGGGCAUCUUUGGCUACGGCGCCAUCGGCCGACAGUGUGCACACCUCGCCAAAGCCCUCGGCAUGGACGUCUCCGCCUACACGCAGCACCCGCGCCUCGACGCCGCCUCCCGUCGCCACAAUGGCUACAGCGUCCCCGGUACUGGCGAUCCUGACGGCCUGAUUCCUUCAACAUGGUUCCACGGGGAUCCGAGGAUCGUUGUUGACGAGUUCCUAGCCCAGGACCUUGACAUCCUCGUCCUUGCCUUGCCGCUCUCCGACUCGACCCGUCGCCUCAUUGGUCCAGCUCAGUUCAAGCGCAUGAGUCGAAGGAGAACCUUUCUCUGCAACAUCUCCCGUGGCCCCAUCGUCGACACAGGCGCCUUGGUAGACGCACUGAACGCAGGCACCAUCAGCGGCGCCGCACUGGAUGUGACGGACCCCGAACCCCUGCCAAAGCCUCACCCUCUGUGGAAAGCCCCAAACGUCUUCAUCACGCCUCACAUUUCUUGGCAGUCUUCGGGCGUUGUCGCCCGGGUCGCGAGCCUCAUGAUGGAGAACCUUGAGAGGUUGGACAAGGGUGAGCCGUUGAUUAAUCGAAUAAACCAGUAG